AUGAUGCCAUUAAAGAAACCAGCGGUUAUAAAUGUCAAGACAUUGUCGGAUAAGCUUGGCGUGCCGAUCUCACCUGAGGACCCAGCAACAAUCUUCCAGAAACAGGAACGUCUGGGAAAGGGCUCGUUCGGACAGGUGUUCAAAGCGAUCAAUAUCAACGAUGGCUCAGUAGUGGCGAUAAAGAUCAUCUCACUCUACGAUCAAGAGGCAAUCAAAGACGUGCGCAAGGAGAUCUCGAUCCUUGCCGAGUGCAAUGACACCAACAUCGUGCGUUACUACGGCAGCUACUUCAAGGACCACCAACUGUGGAUUGCCAUGGAGUACUGCGGCGGUGGUUCAAUCAGUGAUCUACUGCAGCUGGUCGAGUGCUUUAGCGAGGAUGAGAUCGCACUGGUAUGUCGCGAGGCUCUCAAAGGACUACAAUAUCUACACGAGUGCAAGAAGAUACAUCGUGAUAUCAAAGGUGGCAACAUCUUGUUGAACGACAAGGGAGAGGUCAAGCUUGCCGACUUUGGAGUUAGUGCACAGCUGUUCUCGACGUUCUCAAAGAGGAAUACAUUCGUUGGUACACCUUAUUGGAUGGCACCAGAGGUCAUACAAGAGAAUAAGUAUGAUGGCAAGGCUGAUGUUUGGUCGCUGGGCAUCACAGCGGUCGAGAUGGCUGAGGCUAUCCCACCCAAUGCCAACGUUCAUCCCAUGCGUGUCAUCUUUAUGAUCCCGCGCGAGGAUCCGCCCACCCUCAAAGACAAAGACAAAUGGUCUCCCAAGUUCCACGACUUCAUCGCCAAGUGUCUCACCAAGGAUCCAUCACAGAGACCAUCCUCAAGUGAGCUGUUAAAGCAUGAGUUUGUUCAGACUAAUAAGCCGUUCACUAUACUAGAAGACUUGAUAGAGAAGUGUAGGAAUAUACUCAACUCUGCGGAAUACAUUGAUGAUGAAGAGGAGGAUGAAGCAAACUUUGAUAGCAACAGCGAGGAUGAAGAGAACUACUCAACAGUUGUGACAAAGGAUGAUGGUAACAACAACAAUACUACGACCAACUACUCAACUGUUGUGACAAAGGAUGAGCAAUACUCUACAGUGGUCACAAAGGAUGAACAAUACUCCACAGUGGUCACCAAGGAUGAUCAGUACUCUACAGUGGUCACCAAAGAUGAUCAGUACUCAACAGUCGUUACAAAGGAUGAUCAGUACUCAACAGUUGUAACAAAGGAUGAUGUGAUAAAGAAGGAUAACAACAAUCAAUCACCAUCAUCGUCAACGUCAAACUCACCGUCACAAGUAAGGAAGCUCAUCAACAACUUCAAACAGAAUGGAUCAUCUUCUGGCACUGGCAUUAGCACUGGCACUGCAGCAACUGGAUCAGACGCAUCCACUACUGGUACAAAUGGACAGAGUAAUCAGACAUCAACAACCAGCAGACCUCCACUAAAGCCAGCACCAAGUAUUGUAAAUGGAAAGCCAUCACCAAUGAAGCCAAUCGCAAACAUCAACAACAACAAUAACAACAACAGCAGCAGUAGUACCAACAACAACAAUAACAACAAUAAUAAUAAUAAUGUAAUACAACCAAAGAAUAUCAAAGUAAUCAAGACUGGCGCAGGAGUGAUGGGAGCACCAACAACAACAUCAACGCCAAGCAAGAAUGUUCCCGUGUCACCAGCCGGCAUCAAGAAGGCUCCAGCAACUGCACCCAACAAGUCAAAAGAAGCCAAAGAGACCCUGUCAGAGAGUCUACACGCAAUAUAUAGAAGCGACUGUACAAUUCAAAUACCCUUUUUAAGUCUUAGCAACACAAUAUCGUCUGACUGUCUAUUGAGUACGGAGCCAAUGUACAACGACUAUGCAUCAGUACUGAGUGAUCUGUGCUCUGAUCCAUCGUUGGAUUCAUCAAGGAUAUCAUUCAAUCCAUCAGUUGGAAACUUGAUCAAGACACUGGCAUAUCACAAGGACAGACAGGAGAAUGUACUGUUCACUCCAAAGGACUCUAUACAGAACGCCAAGAUAGUAGGUGAUCUCAGUUCAACUGUCAAGACCAUCUAUAGGCUGUAG